GGCAGCGCCGACGGCGAUGUACGGUUGAGGUGGAUAGUCGCAAUCAUGCCACCACCCUGACGCACGUUCCCGUAUCCACGGUGCGUGUACGUCGACGACGCAGAGGUGGAAAAGCGAGCCGGAGGCUCCGCAAUAAAACGAAUCUCGCGGAGCAUAGUAUACCUGUUUUAUUGCUGAACGACACGCGAGAACCGGAAGUGAUAAGAAGUGUAGGAGAGUAGAGACCAAGGGAAGAGACAACUUUAAAGCGACGACCAGCGUGACACGAUCAUCGUACAACGACCACGACGAGGAUAGGCAGUGAACGAUCAAAAAGGAAGAAGGCCCAGAGUCGAGUAGAGCCAGAGACCGGUGCGCAACGGUGGAGAGUAACAGAGGAAGCAACGAUCGACGCGUCCACGGUGGCCCAUCGAUGCCGGAGCGUCGAGACGCCACAUCACGGCACGAGGUCCGUUGGUGGUACGCGUAAAACGAGAAGAACCGUGGAGGUGGAAGGAAGGAAGGAUGACGGAGCAACGUUCAGCAGGGAGACGAGGCGCGUGCGAUUUUUGGUAACGGGUCAGCGCGACGACACUAACGAAGACGACGAAGACGAGGACGACGAUAAGGAGCACGACAACCACAACGACUACGACCACGACCACAAUCACGACGAGGAAGAAAAAGAAAAAGGCAAAGAUUACGACGUGGGUGGUGGGGAAACAAGUUGGUGGUGGAGGAGGAGGAGGAGGAGGUGGUGGAAGACUAGAAAGUGGUGUUAAGAGAUGCAGCAACAGCCAGCGCCGAACGGGGUGGCAGGUGGUGCCGAAUUGCCUCAAACAGGUGGCAUAAGCACUGCCCAACCUGGAGCGACAGGUACCGCCACGGCGGCGUCUAAUCGUGCCCAGGUUAAUGGUGGCAGAUUCGAUUUCGACGAUGGCGGCACCUACUGCGGCGGUUGGGAAGAUGGAAAAGCUCAUGGACACGGCGUAUGUACGGGACCCAAGGGCCAAGGUGCAUACUCUGGUAGCUGGCACUUUGGUUUCGAGGUCUCCGGUGUCUACACCUGGCCUAGUGGAUCGGUUUACGAAGGCCAGUGGCAGAAUGGGAAACGCCACGGUCUGGGCAUGGAGACCCGUGGACGGUGGAUUUAUCGUGGCGAAUGGUCUCAAGGAUUCAAAGGUCGAUACGGUGUUAGACAAUCGACCACGUCCACAGCGAGGUACGAGGGCACGUGGGCGAGUGGACUUCAGGAUGGAUACGGUUCAGAGACCUACGCGGACAGCGGCACGUAUCAAGGUCAGUGGUACCACGGCAUGAGGCACGGCUAUGGCGUGAGAGCGAGUGCUCCGUUUGGUUUGGCGAGUCAUUACAAACCGUCAAAGCACGUCAGGGCUUCCUUGACAUCUCUGAGGAGCGCGGACGAUGGCGGGGCAGUGGCACCGACACCAGAACCGACCGACAGAAGGGAUCGUCGUGUUGGUGACAGUAGGGGUGGUUUCGUGUUAAAAGCUAGGAGCGACAAUCCACCAGCAAGGAGAAAGAGUCUCACGGAGAAAUCUUUGAAGAAAGGCAUUCUUUCGGGACUGAAGAUUCGAAAGCAAAGAAGUACAGGUGAUCUAGAGAAACAUGGUACUGGAGGCAGUAUUAGGAGUAACGCUAGCUCGGCAUCGUGGAUGUCGACAGAAAGCUCGCAGAGUCAGGCUUCGGCAUCUGUUCAUACGGACAGCAAUGCGUCCUUCGUCAUCGAGGACGAACAAAUGGACGCCUCGGUAACCGAGACGUACCUCGGCGAGUGGAAGAACGACAAGAGGACAGGCUUCGGUAUAUCGGAGCGUAGCGAUGGCCUGCGAUACGAGGGAGAAUGGUUCAACAAUCGAAAGUACGGAUACGGUGUGACAACGUUCCGCGAUGGCACCAAGGAAGAGGGCAAGUACAAGAACAACGUGUUGAUCACCAGUCAGAAGAAGAAGCAUCUGUUCCUUAUCAGAUCGGCCAAGUUCCGUGAGAGGAUAGAGGCUGCGGUGAAUGCGGCUCAAAGGGCGAGCAAGAUCGCUCUUCAGAAGGCAGAUAUAGCGAUCUCGAGAACAGCCACUGCGCGAGGAAGAGCCGAGUUGGCGGAUACAGCUGCCGAGCAAGCGAGAGAAGAUUCGGAACUGGCUCAGCAGACGGCGAAGCAAUUUGCACCGGACUUCCGACAACCUGGACUCGAGAGAUUACGUAACAGGGAGAUACCGAAGUACGUGCCACCACCUCAGGACAGUAUUCCAACGAAGAGUAUUCUUCACAAGGGGGGCAGCGUGGACCAACCUAGUUCUACGCCUAUGAAGAACCCGACUUCGGAAACAACGUCGGGAACAACUACGUCAGCGACAACCACGGCUAGUAACGUGAUGCAGUCGAUCAGGAGAGCCAGCAUGAAGCCGCAAAGCCAAUUGUCGCAAAAUCAACUGCUGAGCAAUCAAUUGCCACAAAAUCAGCUACCGCAGAAUCAGUUACCGCAGAAUCAGCUAUCGCAGAGUGAGCUAGCGAAUCAGGUGACCCCAGCUCAACUGGUGAACCAGCUACCUCUGAAUCAAUUGAACCAGACUACCUUGAGCGGUCAAAAUCUUUAUCAAACGCAGUACCCUCAGUCGAUGGCUCAGAAUCCUAUUCAACAGUAUCCUAACAGUAUACCGAAUCAGUAUCAGCCAAUGAGUCAGUUCCAAGGAGGGCAAUACGCUCCGCAGAAUCAGUACCCUGUUCAAGGUAGUCCCUAUAAUCAGCCUCAAUAUCAACCUAUGAAUCCACCUCAGGGCGAUCAGUAUUUGUACCAACAACAACAGCAGCAAGUUGGACCACACGGGUAUCAGAAUAUGCAAGGUUAUCCUAGUCAGCAGGUAAUAACACAUUAAGUAGAUUACUAGAUCUUCUUUUCGAUUAAACUGUGUAGGUUAUAUAAUUUUGUGCAUAUAUAUCAAUCCUGUUCAAUUUCUUUUUAGACGUUACCGAAUCAAUAUGGGCUAAGUCAAAUGAAUCAAUACAACUCCCAGCAAAUAUAUGGGGAAUCGCAACAGCAACAAUUACCACCCCAAUCACAAACUCAAAUUCCACAACAAUACGAGCCUGAUGGCGACGCAAAACGACCACCGAGUUCAUCGAGUAUACGAAGAAACAGCAGGGUUUUAUCUCCCCAGGAUCGACCCAAUACCAUUGGGCAAACGCUGAACGACAGGCUAGAUCAUUAUAAGAGGCCGCCCAGUCGUGAUAGUUCCGUAGAUCGAUACGCUAGAGCGCAUUCCCGAUUGACUGGAUCGAGACAGCCGUCCGUCGAUAAAUCCGUCACGAAUCCAUCCCUAGACAUGCUCGACAGAUCUAUGAGAGCACCAAGCGCGAUUCGAUCGGGUACACCAUUAAACGGAUCCGUGGUGGGAAGCGGUGCCGCAACGCCGACGUACGCUGCCUCGACUUCCGGUCAAUUCGAGGGCGCCCUCCUGAAGAAUCGUAACCUUGGACAAGAUAUUCUGCCGAGUCCAGGACAGCCUAAGCGUACAGAGAGCCUCUACGUCGCUCCCGGACGCGGUUCGACCGCAUCCGGUGGCGGAGGCGGUGGCGGAGGCGGCAUGUCGAAGGACGCAGGCCGGACGGUCCCCGCCUUCGCCGCAACGUCGAAGGGCCGCGCAACCCUAUGAGUAUAAGUAUUAUAAAUAAAAUAUGUACACACACACACACACACACACACACUGCGAUAGAACCAAACGCGAGCCGCGUCGCGUUUUAUAACGAAUGAGUCGAGACCAGUUUAAAGAGGGGCGACGUUCGUGACUAGACCCUGGAUUUCUGACGAGAACAAGCGAGAAGGGGCUGCUCGAGGGCAGAAAAGGGAGGUGGGUCUGCCUCCUCCGAUUCUAUCGGAGAGAAAGUGUGGCCUGCGACAACUGAUUACGUAACGAAGAAUUAAUUUAAGGGUUAAGAUCAAGACAUACCGAUGGAUCGUUUUACGAUUACCCUUACACGAUCCACGAAUAAUUUGUAGCCUGUAUGUUAUUCAGUGUGAUACUGUGUUUAGUGUUCGUUAUAGGAUGUAAUGUUAUCUAUAGGGCGUAUAACACGUUGUGUUCUAACUUAUGGCUACAUAACAACAGCUAAUGUGACUAAAAUGCAUGCUUCUUCGCGGAAAAACGAAGCUAAUAUCAAGGGCAAAGAACUUUGCAGAAUCUUUGCUUAAGAAUCUAGGGUCUAUUCACGACAAGAACCGCGCGCAACCGACAGUUUCUCGAGCUUCAACAAUGCAACAACGUUUAAAUACAUUCCAACCUCCAUCGACCAAUAAUUAUUACUACCCAAGUACAUUCCAAAGUAUCAUACGUUCCAAAAUGCGUGUUUCACGCGAUUGCUCGUUGUUGGACGAAUAAUCGUUGAAUUUUGUUAACGUGGUCUAGAGGAGAAUGGCCUAGCCGCUUCUCUAAACUCUAAGGCUUUCGCUCAGUCGUACCGCCGACGUUUUGAUCGAUCAAACACAUUCGCUGGAUGUUUGAACGGACUCGACUCGUUUGGUGCACGUGGUAUUGUACAUGGUUUAGCGAACGGGUAUCUUACAGUUUACACGGGCAUCCUGAGCGACGUGUUAACGGGAACAGAGACCGGAACCGUUGUUUGGUAUGCGUCGAAAAAGAAAAUAUUUUCAGACCGACCAUUUAGUCUCAACGAUCGCGUGUGUGCCAGACAGGGGCAUUAGGGUAAGGUUAUAGCAAGAACGAUUCUGGAUGUUCUCCUUUGAACGAUAAAAUACUGUUAGGGGAUAACAUAUAAUCGGGAAGUAUCCUUAUGCAACGAGGAUCGUUAUGAAACAUAAAAAGGGUCGUCACAAAAAAACGUUGAUGUAAGAAAUUACAAACAUAAAAAUAAUCCACCGUCGAUUUGUUCUACCGAAUAACUCAAAGUAAACAAUCUAUCAUGAAAACAAAGUUGUCGUAAGUCACUGAUGACACGCCAUGGGUUGAACGUAUUUCUUUGUCAUAAAAGACCUUGGUGCGAAUUGAAAGGUGUUUACUAUAAAAAAAUUCUAUUUGUAUGACUUCUUUCGAGCAUUAGUCAUCACCGUGCUAUAUGGUCGCUCUUCGUAGCCUUACCCUAACACUGGCAAAUCUUGAAAUUCUCAAGGUGUGAAUUAGCAAAGAACUCGUACCUGGUCGUAGAUUGUUACUAGCUAUUAUGUAGGUAAUUCGCAUCCGUGAUUGACAGCCACUUAACCCUUUCAACCUCUGGUACAUAACAAUUUCUUUUCUUUCGUUUUUUUGUGGUUUCGGUUAAAGGAUGUAAGAUUUGUGAGAGGUGAAAAGAAGCUCAAAAGCUGAACGCACAGAUAAAAAGGUUCCUUCUUGGAUUCGGUGUAAAAUAGUAUUAUCGAGGCUGAAAGGGUUAAAUCGAAUUUGGGCAUUGAACGAAGCGGACAACGUUCUUUCCGCCUUCUCGUCAGAGACAGAGUUAUUUUUCUAUGAGAAGCACAAUAGAUGUAGUAGAAUGGAUGAACGAAUAUUUGCGAGAGUUCUGUCAGGUGAUGCAAACGACCUGUGCUCGAUUUGUCGAUAUUGCGAUUCGUUCGACUACAUAGCUUGUACGGGAGAGCAACAAGAUGAUGAAAAUUUGUCGAAAAUCGAGGUGCUUAAUAGAUUGUUCGUUCCGACGUGGAAAUUCUAGCGGAAAAAAAAAAGAGUAAAGAAAAACGCAAUAUCGAACAAUGGUACAGAAGUACAGACCCGGAUGCAAAGAUAUUUACGCCGUUAACGUUUCCAAAAAGGAAAACAGGAAAAAGACUCGUUUUAAUUCUACACACUUUCGUUCGAUCGCUCGAACGAAAGCCAAACUACUCGACCGAUAAUUCAAAACACAACGUUUAAUUAAUUCUCUUCCUUUUUUUUCUUUCAAUCUAUUUCAAUCGUCUUUUCUUUUUGUUUUUUCUCAUUAAAUCCAAACAUCGAAUACUUUUCCACUGGAUGAUCGAUUGAUCGCGAUUGAAUGUCGAACGAUCGAAAACCGAGCAUGCACUUACACACGCACGCAAAUGAUUUCAACUCAUUCAACAUGGUGUUACGUCCAUUAAAUAAGCAAAGUAACGUGUAUGAUGUUACGUCCAUUAAUUAAGCAAUUCAAGGAAUUCGAAAGGUAAGGUUCGCGCGGUGUGGAGGCGGGGACCGGUUUUUUUACAAUUCUUUCAUUCUACUUGACCGUGCGUUUCUUUUCCUUUUAACAAGCUUCGUACCUCUUUCUCGAUUCCUCUCUGUCUCAACAAGACCCUAUGUACUUCCUACCUCGAAUUCUACGAUCUAUCUCUCAUCCGUCAUUGUCGGAUGUUAAUUGUACUGUCUCGAAUGCAUUCCCCGACCCUUACCGACGAAAGUUACAGUCCCCCUUGUUCCACGUUUCACGUUUACUUGGCGACGAUUACCAGAAAAAAAUCUUGUUUUACCCUCCACCUCCACGCCGCUUGUUUUCUCCUAUUUUUUGAUCAGAAACAUUAUUUUUCUAACGCAUGCUUCUAUGACGUAGCGUCACUCUGUAAAGUUUAUGAUAUAUUGUACUAGUUCUACAAGAUGGGAUAUAUAUACACAUAUAUAUAUAUAUACAUACACAUAUACACACAUGUUAUAUAUACAUAUAUAUUUCGUAGAUAUAAGUAAGAGAAAAUAUGUAGUGUGAGAUAAUUAUUUAGGUAAUAAAUACUGUACGAAUGGAAGACGAUGAUAACCCUUUCGAGAUCGUAGGAAUUACCAACGAACGAAAGGAGAGAUAUUUUAGUGGAAAUUGUGUAAUAGCUGUUCUUAAAUUUCCUCUUUAAGACGUAAAAUGGAACUUGUGUCUAAAGAAAAUCAAGUUUAGUGAUAUAAUGGGAGACUCUGAGAAAGAUAGAUAUUUUGAAGAUUUAACUCUUUGACAGUAUAAUAUUAUAAAAUGACAAAGAAUUCAGAAUGAACGGUUUAGAAAAAAAUUAUUUCUUUAUCGUGAAGGUUUCUUGAAUUUUUGGUAUUAAAUACAAAUAAAAACGUAACUUCAACUUUUCCUGGAAAAUAAAUAUUGAUAAUUAACUAAAUAUAAAUAACUAUUAAUCAAUAUGGAUAAUUACUUAAUGAAUGAAAUUUAUAUCACUUACUAUAUUUGAUACCAAAGUCUUUCUCCUGUUAAAUUUUAAAAAGAUUAAUAUUUACAUUGAUCAUAUAUUUGUUCCUUUUAAGUUACUUUCUAAGUUACUAUUCUAAAAUAUCUCGAACGGGUUGAUCUUUGUUACUCAACAGGCACAAAUGUCGGUACCAAAUGUGCAUUAUGAAUACGUAAAUUUAAUUCUCGACGUACCUCUGAACACACAUACUAUUCCUCUCGUCGAAGUAGAACGACGCAAGGAAGUAUAAUUUUGUGCAUUAGGUACGACCCUAAAAACAUUAACGCGUAUAUGUAUACACGCACACGAACACAAACACACGCGUAAUAAAUAUAUCAGGAUUCUCUAUUUUAUUCACGGUUUUUCACAGUACAAUUACGAAACGCUUUUUGUGCGCCACGUUGAAUUCCUUAAAAGUACGACGCCAGCCUACGACGAAGGAAAAAAUAAAACAAUACUUUUUGAUGACGUUUAAAGCUUACUUAUUUCGAUAAAAUAUAACCACCGAUAACAAACAUUGAAUUUUAAAUGCGUCACGUUGCUCAAGGUUGUACACACUCGAAGUAAUUAAGAAUUUCUACGAAAAUUUCUAACCCUUUCUAUACGCGAACGAGAUCAAUGGCAAGUUUUUUACAUGGAAAAAGAUGGAAACUCGUUAAAGGCUUAUUUCGAACGGAACUUUUUUACGAGAAUUUCUCCAUUCAACGUGGUUGCAAUUGUACCUCAACAAUGGUCGUGCCUAAAGAAACGAAAACUAAAUAAACCAACGUAAAAGAGAAAAGGGAAAAAGAGGAAAAGAUGAUUAUGACCUGAGAUACAAUCGAAUGAAACCUGGAACCUUAGCGCUAAAUGAGAAUAAUCUAGACGACGAAGCUCGGUUGGAAUUGAACCUCCCCAAGUUCCUUGACCUUUCAAACACUAUUUUUUAUGCGAAAUAUCGAGCACCAUCGUGGGUGUAUCGUGAAGCUAACGUCGGGGUUGUUCAAGUGCCAAGUUAUUCGAAAGUGUCUUUUCACAAGAAUCUGAGAUGCAACGUAAUUCUAUUGGGUACAGCACAAACGUUGAAAUUUGAUCAUUAUCUCGUACAUAGUAAGCUCUCGUACGCGUAACAAAGUGUUACGACGUGUUCUACGUUGAACUAUUUAAGAAUUAUCUAUUUCUUUAGUAAAUAAUAAUAUUUUUCUUUAAUAAAUAAUUGAUUUAUAUAAAUAUUUCAUAACAGAAAGAAACAUUAUGAAGUAUUUAAAAAAUAUUUUUUGAUAUAUUUGCACGAAGAAUUCUAAGAUGUUCAAAUUGCGUUUGUGAUUUACUCUGUAAAACGGUAGAUACGAUUUCUAAAGACACUGACCGUGGCAUAUAACCGGGAUUUCACGUAUUUUAAUAUAAAGACAAUUCAUAGUGUUGUAUUAGAAGAGAACAACGUAGUAGGAGAGUCCUUAGAGAAAAGCAGAUCGAUAAGCGAGAAUAGCCAAUGCACACACGCAACGAUGUACUUCCAGGUUACAUUUCGAGGAACGAGUUUACCGAUAUAGAGAUAUAUUGGGAUGAAACCUUGCUAAUUACACAACGAUAUUACAAAUGUUGGUUCGAUGUAUUGAAUGUAUUUAUGUAUAUGAUGUAAAAGCUGUUAUUGGCCGACAGAUUAAAACAUGUCGAUUAGGAGGA